UUACACGCAGUCCAAAUGAUCAGUGUUAAACGUGGUAUUAGUGUGUGUUUGAAUGUAAGCGAGAACACAUUAAAUAUUUAAGAAUUUUCAUGUCAUUUGAGCAGCUUUACAAUGGGACAUCUGUCUCACAAGAAAUAUCGUAGUAUGAGGGUUUCCAGAGAAAACAAAGGUGAUGUGGAUCAUGGGUAUAAGCAAACACAGAAUCUCGCGUUUUUAAGUUAAUUUUGACGUGGAGUCAGAUCCAUUAUCCGUCUGUCUGUAUGGUAAUGAGCCUAUGAUCGCAAUAAGACGCGAUGUUACUGAGCAAUAUUGUUCUAUGGGACCGGGGGUGAAUCACUAAGCAUAUUCCAUCCCCAUCCCAACUCCACCCCGAGUGCCUUCCUCCGGAGUAACAAGUGCGCUGAGACUCCCGCCCCGCUGCACUUUGUUCACUCUACAUGUUAAUAUUACAAACUUUAGACUCUGCUUCCAGGUGACACACAGUUCGGUAUUCUGGUAAAUCUAUCCCCAACGGUCCUAUAUUUUAAGGCAGAUUAUUUGGUUGCUAGUUGCAGCCUGUUAUUUCAAGAGUGCUCUCCAGGUUAGCGUGAAGCUAGCCGCUUAACUUGUUUGAAAUGCAGUCUCCACGCUUUCUUAAGAGACGCCGAACCUUUGGACAUCACCGCAGUCUUAUUAACUAACCACUGGCAGCAAAGGUCCACCGUUUGUAAUUUCGAAAUCUCAGCGUUAAGUAUUAUGGAAAAGGCUUUGGAGGCCCGAGAUUCUUUACCCCGUAAAACUCCGCCCACCUGUGGAAUCUCCCCUUCCAGUGACCGUCUGUCUGCCACCUGUCUGCCAUCAGCAUUUGCCAAGGCACAACAGUCCUUUCAGUGUGAACAGGCUGAGAACAGGAGCUCGGAAGCAGAAGGAGAGAGGCAGGUGUAUGGAAAUGGCCACGUUGGAGAAUUCAGGCUUAGUGGCCUAAGCGGGCAGUCAUGGGUCGAUUCCACCAGCCCCUCCAAAGUCACAUGCUGCACUCCGUCCGCCACACACAGGCAAAGCAGCCCACAGAAGUUGCCACUCCGGGGUUCUGCGGCCUGGCCAGCUCUCUCUGCCCUGCGAGGCAUGGGCUCCUUCAGGAAGCUGCGCUCCUCCAUUCUUCAGGGCAUUCAGAGCCGAGGAGAGACUGCAGCUCUCAACAAGAGCCAAAAACACACCAUGGCAGCAAAUCGGAGCCAGAGCAAUGUCGUGGUGCUUGAAGGCAGUGAAAUGGAAACCAGUGUACUGAAUCACGAGCAAAAGCUAAGAACCAGUUGGCAGAAUGAGGAGGCAUGCAGCUAUGAUGAUGAGGAUGAGGAAGAGGAGGAACACAUUCUGCAAAGGAACACACUCUGUUCUCAUAGUUUGCGCAUAGCCUUAAGUGCUGGAUUCAUGGCACAGCUGAGCAUUGGGCGGGAGUCUCGUGGGCCGGAGUCCCGUGGGCCAGAGUCCCGUGGAACAGGUCAGCAGAGGGAGUCCCAGCCAGGCCAGCCUGAGAAGGCCAAGCAUCAGGCCAUGUUUCACAGACUGAGCAGAAGCACAGACAGCCUGCACCUCUUCAGCAAUCCCUUCCGACAUAGCAGUGCUGCUCCUGAGGAUGGAGGCUUGCAGAAUAUCCACAGAGCCACCAGCAGCACAUCAGUGGAGCUGGCAGCCCAGAGCUUAGCUCAAUGGAGAGCCCAGACGCAAAAGCUGCUAGGCAGCAUGACAGACUUGUCGCUUCGGAGGAGGGUUGCCCCUCACUCACAGGCCACCAUGAGGCCGCUCAGUGUGCUACAUGAUGCCUACUCCCGCAGGACACCCUGCAUUGCCGGGGGGGAACGCCAUCGCUGCCCAUCGCCUACCCGUAGCUGGCCUGGACCUUCCUGUUCUGGGGAAGCAAUCAAACAGGAGCGUCUCCCUCCCCAGGACAAGAAUAACGUAUCUAAAAGUCUGGGGGCUGCACCAGACGUGCCCCCAUCUGCUCUGCUUUCAGCUGUACCAGACACCCCCCCAUCUGUUCCACCUUCUAUGCCACCAGACACACCUCCAUCUGUUCUGCCUUCAACUGCACUGGACACAGCCCCAUCUGCUUUGCCUUCUAUGACACCAGACACACACCUGUCUUCCCCAGACACACCCACAGACAUCACUGUAUACUCAUCAGACAUGAUCAGGCACAAGACAGACUGGGUGAGACCUCGGCCGCUGUCUGACUAUGGUCAGUUGAUAACCGGGAAAUUCUCCAUUCCUGAGGAGGAAGCAGGGUCACAGAGUGAUGAGAUCAUAAGCAGGCCUGGACUGAAGGAUCAUAGCACCAGCCACAGGAAGAACAAAAAUGCGGGAUAUCGCCACCAAGACACGGUAGUGGAGUCCUACAGAACACAUCCCGUCUCUGUGGUUGAAGAGGUCGACCUUUACUCUCCAUCAAGUGCAGAGCUUUUACUACAGCCAGAGCCCACCCCUCCCAGGCCUUCGCACCCGCAGACUCCCUACAGAAAGGCCUUGUCCCAUCCGCAGUCUGCAGCCCUGUCCCAGAGCACCCCCACUGGCCUGGACCGCUUGGGUCGUGGGCCGGUCCUCCACAGAGUCCACAGUGCUGGUGCACCGGCCCAAGGCUCAGUGACUCUGAAAGAGGCUCUGACUGAGGAACAUUGCAGCUUCCAGGAGCUGCCUGACAGCCAGCUGCACCUGAAGUCCACAGUGGAUCUCACUCAGCUCAGCAAGUGUAUUUGUUCGGGGCUUGUUGUGCAUGCAGAGGCUCUCUGGGACCACGUCACGUUGGAGGAGCAAUGCCUGGCUUUCAAAGCUGGAGAUGUCGUUCGUGUCAUUGAUGUCUCUGACACAGACUGGUGGUGGGGCAUGAUGGCUGACCAGAGUGGCUGGUUCCCUUCAAGCUUCGUCAGAGUGCGAGUGAACCAGGAUGCUGGGAUAGGCACUAUGGAGUCCAUGCAGGCACAGGAGAAUUCACUGUCCAGCGACAUGAGUCUGAGGAGCCUGAAGCUCAGGGGACAGAUGAGAACAAAUGUGGUGAAGGAGAUCAUGAGCACAGAGCGAAUCUACCUGAAGCAUCUGAAGGAUAUCUGUGAGGGUUAUGUACGCCAGUGCCGCAAACAUGCAGCCAUGUUCAGCCCACAUCAGCUGGUCACCAUCUUCAGCAACAUUGAAGACAUCUACAGGUUCCAUCGCAAGUUCCUGAAGGAACUGGAAAAGAAGUUUAACCCAAUGCAGCCACACUUGAGUGAGAUAGGCUCCUGUUUUCUCCUGCAGGGUGAAGGAUUCUCCAUCUACUCUGAGUACUGCAACAAUCACCCACGUGCUUCCGCUGAGCUGCACAGGCUCAUGAGCCUGAGCCGUUAUCGGCACUUCUUCGAGGCAUGCCGUCUGCUGCAGCAGAUGAUUGACAUCCCAUUGGGCGGAUUUCUCCUUACACCCAUCCAAAAGAUCUGCAAAUAUCCUCUUCAGCUGGGGGAGCUGCUGAAGUACACCUCUGAGGAGCACAGGGACUAUGAUAGCGUCAAUGAUGCUCUGAAAGCAAUGAAGAAGGUAGCAUGUCUCAUCAACGAGAGGAAGAGGCGGCUGGAGAGCAUCGAUGCCAUUGCUCAGUGGCAGGCGGCCAUUCUGCACUGGGAGGGAGAUGAUAUCCUGGGCCGGAGCUCAGAGCUGAUUCAUUCUGGAGAGAUGACCCGAAUGUUCCUCCAUGGAAAGAACCAGCAGCGCACCUUCUUCCUGUUUGACCACCAGCUUAUCUUCUGCAAGAAGGAUCUGCUCCGCCGAGAUCUGCUGCACUACCGGGGUCGGCUGGACCUGGAGCACAUGGACCUCCUAGACUUGGCUAAUGGCCAAAAUGCGGCCCACAGUACCUUCCUGAAACACGCCUUCGAGCUGCGGAACAAGAUCACUGGGGAGUCACACGUCCUGUGCUGCAGGAAGCCUGAGGACAAGCAGAAGUGGCUGGAAGCCCUGGCCAGAGAACGCCACCGUGUGCAAGAGGCAGAGGAGAUGGGAAUUGAAAUAUCUGAAAGUCAGCGAAAGUCAGCAAUUGUAAAUGCAAAUGCAAGAAAAUCCAAGCGAGGGAAUAUGAACAAUGUGGGCUUUGCCAGUUGUGCUUUGGUACCUCCUCAUCAACCUCUUCACCCCCUUCACCAGUGUCAUGUUCCCGUGCCAACCAGGCUUCCCCAGCAGCGAGUGAUCUCACUGGCAGAGCCCAUGCACAAGCCAUUCCACCUAUGGGACAGCAUCACCAAGCACAGACACCUUAGGAAGUGACUUCACUGACACAGAAAGUGACCAGUUAGGAGCUACAAUUAACAUUAGCAGACUGUGAUGUGACUGUCAUGUGCUUAGUACACUGUAUACUGGACCAGUGGUAGCAGGGCAGCUUGUCAGUGCAGGAUCCAGUAUGUGCAGUCCAGAGAAGCAAUAUGCUCCGCUAUGAUUUACAUAUACCGUACAUUUGUUUUAUUUGAUAAUUUAAGGCUUGAUCCUUGUAAAUUUCUCAUUUGUGACAGGAUUCUCCUCAUUUAUACAGAAUAAACUAAUGUGCAAAUUAA